AAUGGGUCACAGAAGUUUGUAAACUUCACCUCGACCAUCCAAAACCAGCUGCUGCUUGUGUCGCUGCUGGAGCAUCUCUGCCACAUGUACACGCACAACCCUGUUCAUUCGAGGUGUUUGUUCCGAAUCACAAGCACCCUGAGAGAGACAGUGUUGCCAUCUCUACCCUAGGGUGACCAAGGAUCUGUGUAUGUUUUCUAAUAACUGACAGCUCUGCCAGUAGGAAGACUUGAAGCAUCUUAGAAUUACCUUGGGGGGGUUAUUUAAGCUAAUAAAUGAUUGUUGAAUACUUGAACAUUUCACCAUCCCCCUUAUUGACCCAAGGGCCUUGGGCAAGAUGUGGUUAUUCCCAUGUCCCCCCAGUGACCAGGGAUCAGGCACCUUCCAAAUACUUCGUCAGGCUUUCACAAGAACAGGGUUGCUCUCCCCUUUUGCCUUCUGUGAUGAAUUUAGUACUGUAAGACUGCAGCAUAAUAGAGCCAUUACUGAACUAAUGAAAGCAGCUAAUCGACAAGUACUUAAUGGGGAACUGGAUAAUGGAGAUUCUCAUGCAAUUGGGGGAAAAGAAGUUCUCUUGGAAGCACAGACUUCACGAUACUUGAAUGAAUUUGAUGAGAUUGCAAGACUAGGAAAAGGAGGAUAUGGUCAAGUAUUCAAGGUCAGAAACAAGUUAGAUGGUCAGUUCUAUGCUAUUAAAAAAAUCAAUAUUAAGAAGGCUACAAGAAGAGAUUGCAUGAAGGUACUACGAGAAGUUAAAGUGCUGGCUGGACUGCAGCAUCCUAAUAUUGUGGGCUAUCACACUGCUUGGAUGGAACAUGCUCAAACUUUAUGCCCAAAAGAUAAGACAAUAUUGAAGUUGCAGUCGUUAUCUUUGGAGCAAGAAAGCGGCAAUAAUCACUGUCGCAUUCAGAGCAUGGGAAGCGGUAGUUCAAUUAUCUUUGCUGACCUUACUUCACAAGAAGAGAAGUCCCGUGAUAGUACCUGUCUUAGAAAUCUGGAUAGUGAAUCAGUGCAGAACAUGAAUGUAAAGAAUGAUUUUACUAACAGUAGUAGUAAAGAAUGUAUGAAACCAAAUGGAUGUGAAUUACCCCUAGAAGUACAAGAAGAGACUGUAAGUAAUGUUGACAGUGGGUCAACUGAUUUUAAAAAUCAUUCAUCACAUGGACCUCAUUGUAGUCUGGAUCUAGAUGUUAGCACUGAAAGUAAGUCCUGCACUGAAGAAUGCUCCAAGAACGAUGUAGCUCUCUGUGGAGAGUUUGAGGUGGAGUAUCGUUUGAUGCUUCAUAUACAGAUGCAACUGUGUGAACUAUCCUUAUGGGAUUGGAUUGUUGACCGUAAUAAAAAAUACAAUGAGAGAACAGAGGAAACUGCCAGUCCAUACCAUCUUGUGGAUGUCAACUGGACAAUGAAAAUUUUUCAGGAGCUAUUAGAAGGAGUGUGCUAUAUCCACAGCAUGGGAGUGAUGCAUCGAGACAUUAAACCCAGAAAUAUCUUUCUACAUGGAUCAGAUCAUCGUGUUAAAAUAGGAGAUUUUGGAUUAGCAUGCAAAGACCUCCUUUCGGAUGAUGCAGAUAGGAUGAUGAAGAUUCACACAGAAAGGAUAAAUGGUCUGAUGCAUACUUCAGGUGUGGGGACUUGCCUCUAUGCCUCACCAGAACAACUGCAGGGCUCUGACUAUGAUUUCAAGUCAGAUAUGUAUAGCUUGGGUGUUAUCCUGCUAGAACUCUUCCAGCCGUUUGGAACAGAAAUGGAAAGAGCAGAAGUUCUUACACAUUUGAGGAAUGGCCACAUUCCUCAUACUUUCUACAAAAAAUGGCCUGUUCAAGCCAAGUAUGUUAAGCUUCUCACCAGUCAGCUAUCUACAGAAAGACCAACUGCUGCUCAGCUUCGUGAAAGUGAAUUAUUUCAUACCACAGAACAUGUUAUUUAUAAUCUGCAGCAGAAGUUGAGACAGCAAGAGGAAGAAAUAGAAAAAUUGAAAGAGAAAUUAAGACGCCUUUCUAAUGAACAAGAUGAACCUAUGAGCCUAGGUUCUCCAGUUUAAGUACAGGAAGAACAAAACUAUUGUAUAUUAAGUUAUAUGAAACUUUUUUUUACAUAAAAUAUUUCAA